CAAACAAUGCUAUCAGAAAUGUCGUAAACGAUCUGUCUUAGAAUCAAAUCGGUGAAACCGGUGGCAAACCGAUUGAUUUUAUUUGGUGGCCUAUUCAAGAGCAGCACGUGCCGCCACUUUUAGAUUUAUUAAGAAUAGUAGUGUCGCUUUUAAAAGGAAUCUUUAAAGGUGCACCAGAAGUUUUAUGAAUGGCAAAUAUAUGUUGUUAGAAAAAAAUGCUCAACCAUUUUACCAUCUUCCUUCUUGGUUCUCCUCGCUAAGAUCAGGAAGAUGAUGAUCUUUGCAGCUUUAUUUGUAGUACUCUCCAUCACCGUUCUCCUUCGUCAAGUCUUCCUUCAGAGAAUCAAGGAUUUCUUGCAGCAAGAUGCCCUCCCCAUUCUUUUGAGGCAAUUUCCUGCCAACCAAAGUGGUAAUGGAGGAAUUGGAGGAAACAUGGACGCAGGGGAAGCGGUAUUGGAGCCAUCGACACCUUCGCCGUCUUCACCAAGAGCUGGUGGAUCUGAGUUCGACGUGUUUCUCAGCUUCAGAGGCGAAGACACCCGAAAGGGUUUCACUGCGCAUCUUCAUGAUGGACUCGAGGAGCGUGGUAUUUCCACCUUCAUGGACUGCGAGAAGUUGGAAAAGGGAGAGGAGAUCAACAAGUUGUUGGAAUACAUAGAGAAGUCCAAGAUCUUUGUCCCCAUCUUUUCCAAACGCUUUGCAGAAUCGAAAUGGUGCUUGAAAGAGGUGACCAAAAGUGUGGAGUGCCGGAAGGAGAUAAUUCCGGUGUUCUUUGGUGUGGAAGCUUCCGACGUCCGCAACCAGGGCGGCCCCUUCAAAUCUGCAUUUAAGGAUCAUCAAUCCAACAAGGACCAAGAGGAGGUGAUUGAAUGGAUGGAAGCAUUGAAGAAAGUCGGAAAUAUCUCUGGCUUCACUCUCAAAGACAUGAAUGGGGAUGAGGCAAAGCUAAAGCGUGCAGUCAUUGAGAGAGUGUCAGCCAAACUAAACAAGAAGCCAUUCGAAGUCGCAAAGCAUCCAAUCGGGAUUGAAACUCGUCUUAAUGACGUGAAGAAAAUGUUGGAGAAAGGAGGCAAUAUUGAUGCCGUUCAUGUGGUUGGCAUCCAUGGUAUGGGGGGUCUUGGAAAAACAACGAUUGCCAAGGCUGUUUACAAUGAGUUAGCCCAAGGCUUCAAUGGCGCCACUUGUUUUAUUUCAAAUGUUACGGAAAAUGCUGGACAACCCAAUGGAUUGGUCAACUUACAAAAACGGUUCAUUGGAAACGUCUUGAAAGAAAAAAAUACAGACUUAGAUGAUGUUGCACAAGGAAAAAUUGUGAUCAAAGACAGGGCCAGUCGUAAAAGGGUUCUGCUUAUCUUAGAUGACGUUGAUAACAUAAAACAACUUGAUGCAUUGGCUGGUGGGAGAGAUUGGUUUGGCUCAGGAAGUGUGAUCAUAAUCACAACCAGAAAUGAGGAGGUGCUGCUAGACGGCAUGGUAAAACAAGACGAAAUUUACAGGCCACCGGAACUGAAUAAAGCUCAAUCUCGAGAACUAUUCAUGCUUCAUGCAUUGAAUGGUGAACUGCCACAAGGAGAGUACAUCAAGUUGUCAAACGAAGUUGUUGAAGCAGCUGGUGGGCUGCCCUUAACCCUCGAAGUUAUUGGAUCGCUUUUGUCUUCUAAAAAGAAUGUACAAGAAUGGAAAUAUACAUUAGAGAAGCUGAAAAAAAUUCCUCCCAGAGAAGUCCAACAGAGGUUGAAGCUAAGCUAUGACAAUUUAGAGGACUUGGAGAAGAAAAUAUUUCUAGAUAUUUCAUGUUUUUUUAUCAGUGAGAACAGGGAAAAUGCUACUUACAUGUGGGAGGGUUGUGACUGGUUCCCAAAUGCAGCAAUUAGGAUACUUGUACAAAGGUCUCUCGUUAAGAUAGAUGAGAAAUAUGAACAGUUCCAGAUGUUCGAGAUGCAUGAUCAAAUACGAGACAUGGGGAGAGCCAUAGUUGAUGAAGAAUGCUCUCGAAAGCUUCAAAAGAAGAGUAGACUGUGGAAUAACCAAGAUUCAUUGGAUUUACUUCAAAGAAAGGUACCAGGGACUAUUGAUGCAGAAGGGAUUCGGAUACUGCAAAACGACAAACGGUUGAAUGAGAAUUAUUGUGUUAAUGCCGAAUGCUUUGAAAACAUGCCCAACCUGAGAUAUCUUCAAGCUGAACAUGUCAACUUCCAAGGCACGUUUUCAUGUUUUCCUACAGAUCUGAAAUGGUUGCAGUUGGAAAGGUGCCACUUUGACUCCCCGCCAUCUGAUUUUAAUCUCGAGAAGCUUGUCAUCCUUGACCUCUAUAAAACCAACAUGGCCCCAAUUCUUAUAAACCAAUUGUCACUGAGAUUCAAGGCCUUUGAAAGAUUGAAAGUUCUGUCACUUCGUGACGUGGAAACAAAGACUACCCCUGAUUUCAUGAAUAUGUCUGGCUUGGUGAAAUUGCAAUUUCUAAAUUGUGCAGCAUUAACUACAAUUGAUGAAUCAAUCGGGAAACUCAAGAACUUGACACAUUUAAGCAUUCCCGGCUGUAUGCUUCUAAAGGAACUACCGGAUUCAAUUUGUCAAUUGAGUUCACUUGAGGUCCUUAAUAUUGAUGGUUGUUACAAAUUUUCCUCUUUGCCAGAGCGAUUGGGAGAGUUGGGAUCACUCAAGAUGCUUGAUCUUACAAAUACAAGUAUAGAAAAGGUACCUGAUUCAAUAGGACAGCUUAUAAAUUUAUGUGUGCUACUUAUGGGUGAGUGUGAAAGACUAUCAAGGUUACCUGAUUCCAUUUGCCGGUUAAGUUCUCUUGAAAUGCUUGGUUUGAAUGGAUGCACCAAACUCUGUUCUAUACCGGAAGGCUUAGGGGACAUGGAGUCGUUAAAGAAGAUUGAUCUUUCUGAGACAUGCAUUGAGGUCAUACCUGAUUCUAUUGGGCGACUUACCAACCUUGAUAAGCUAUCUUUAUGUAACUCAGAACGCUUGAGAGAGCUCCCGGCUUCCAUUUGCCAGCUAAAGUUGUUGAAAUCGCUUAACCUUAGUGGGUGUCAUUCUGUAUGCCUUUUGCCAGAAAGAUUAGGGGACAUGGAGAAACUAGAGGAGCUUAUUCUUGACAAUACCAGAAUAGAGGUCAUACCUGAUUCAGUUGGACAGCUCAAAAGCCUUUGCCUGCUAUCUUUGCAAGGUUGCAAGCUCCUAAAAGCAUUACCUGUUUCCAUGAGACAGUUGAGCUCCAUACAACAGCUGAAAAUGUCUGGAACUUUUUUAAUGAGCUCUGAGAAUGACCUUCCUCAUCUUGCAGCAAUUAAUAUUACUGAAUUGAAAAAUUCAUCUUCGGAGUUGCUUGACUUGUGCGACCAAUCUCACAAAGCCUUAGAAAUUCUUCAUUUGAAGGAUGCUAUAAUUGAAGAGUUGCCCGAUUGUGUUGGAAGGAUGGAAAACCUCAAGGAGUUGCGGCUAGAAUGUGAAAUGCUGAAAGAAUUGCCCAAUUGGAUUGAGGGGUACUUGGAAAAUCUUACUCAAUUAAAGGUGAGGAGCAUACAUCUAAAAGCUCUGCCAGACUGCAUUGGGUCGCUCAAGCAACUUCGUGAGUUGAAUCUCAAGUGUGAGAACCUCAAAGCUUUACCCAACUCAAUUGGGUCACUGAAACAGAUGUGGGAGUUGGAAUUGAACUGCGUGAACCUCGAAGCUCUACCUGAUUCUAUUGGGGAGCUGGAUAAUGUUGCCUUCUUCAAAAUUAAAUCAGCAAAAUUGAAAGCCCUUCCAAACUCGAUUGCAUUGCUAGGAAGCGUUGAAACGUUGGUGUUACAUUGCAUGAGCCUGGAAGCUAUACAUGUUUCGCUCGGAGGUUUGAAGAAACUUCUUGAAUUUGAGGUGUGGUCUAACAAUCUUGAAGCUCUACCUGACUCCAUUGGGUCGUUGAAACACAUUCAGACAUUAAAAUUAAAGUGCCCAAACCUCGAGGCUCUACCAGAUUCUAUUGGAGAAUUAGAAAGUCUUGGAUACUUUGAAGUGGACUCCUAUCGUCUCAAAUUAUUGCCCACUUCUAUUGGCUUGCUAAAAAGGAUUUGGUUCUUGAGCCUAAAUUGCAUCAACCUUGAAGAUUUGCCCAAUUCUAUGGAAAGAUUACAAAGUCUUCGAAAUUUACAUUUGCAUUGCGAUAAUUUUGCAGCUCCACCUAAUUUCAUUGGACGAUUGGAAAAUCUUUGGACCUUCUCGUUCAACAGCAAAAUGUUAAAAUACUUGGAUGCAGCAAUUUUUGAGUCUUUGGGAAGACUUCGUCGUCUAUAUCUAAUUGGUUGUGAGAACCUGGAAGGUAUGCUUGCUGCCUCUAUUGGCAAAACAGAUUUCGCUCGCCUCUCAUCCUUGGAGUCGCUGGAUUUGAAAGACUGCAAGGGGCUUGAGUACCUUCCUCAGCUUCCCUCUUCUCUACGCUCGCUUAAUGUUUCUGGAUGCACCAAUUUGAGAAAAAUGUCGGAUAUUUCAAAUUUGAAAACUUUGAAGAAUUUGUGUUUGGGUGGUUGUAAGCUGCUUGAAGAUGUGCCUGGCCUCGAAAAUAUUUCAACCAACUUGGAAGUGCUAGAACUGCCUGGUCCUUGUAAUUUCACGGGGUGUUGCCACUUUAGUCAUGAUUUCAAAAACAAAGUAUUCAAGGAGAUGACUUUUGAAAACUUGAAAAGGUUGAAGAUAUCAGGGUCUUUAGUGCCAGGAUCAUCCAAAGGACAACAGCAGCUGCAAUUUACGCUCCCGAGGUUGCCAUUUAGUUGGUUAAGAAGAGCAAGGGUGAAGUUAGGUCUGGAGAAGGUCCUCUCACCCAUCUGCAUAGCAAUCAUUGCCGAUGACGUUACUGUGUUUGAGAAAAUUGCAGAAGUCGACGGUGAUGAAGUCCGAUUGUACUUGGGAGCAGAGAACAUUGUGAACACAGGGGAGGGAGCACAUUGCUAUACAAUGCAAGUGACAAUGGAUGUGUCCCAACUGAAAAAUGUAUAUGUACUUCUUGUGCGGAAUCGUCGAUACUACCGAUACUGAUAGUAGCUAUCACAUACAGGGAGAUGGACGGUGUUUGCACUUAGAAGAGGCCAAUUCUUCCCAAGGAAGUAGUCUGCAU